AUGGCCACAAAGCAGCCGAUAGAUUCGAUGCAGAGAAGUCGCGGUUCGCACAGGGUACAACCCAACUUCAAAGACGACAUUGACCCCUCCAUAGCUGAACUGUCUCACGAUGAGGUUGCCAACGAGCUGAAGGCCUUAUUCACUAACAGGAGUUCUAUGGAUGAAAUCGAACAGGAACUAAGAGCGAUGCGCUCAGGCGACGGCUGGGAUUUGAAGAACGGGGAAGUUCUUUUGGAAGCCAUUCGCGCCCAGAUAAAGACGAGCGAAAAUUUCAUGGAUCAAUGGCAAGCAGUGCUGGACCGAGAGCAGAUAUCUGAAAGACUGCUCGCUAUGAAGGAUGGUAUCAAGAGAAUCCGCGAACAGGCUCAACUGAACUCAUGCGACGACCUGUUGGACCAAAUAGAUGCGCUGAUCAAGUCGAACAGCUCAGGUGUAUCGCUGGAGCAUGCUCAGAAAGAAAAUCUCAGAUGCACAAACAAAGAUGACUCUCAAGCGCCCACCCGCCGGUCCUCCCGUCGAGUUCUCUGUGAUGGCGUUCAGGAGAUCAGGAACACGUGA